CAGACAGGCACACCAUAAGCUGCUUUCAGGCCUCUAGCUUCGGCCACACAGCACCGGUUGUCGUCUUCCCUCUCUCGCGUCGGAAAAGCGCCACAGCAUUGACCGGUCCCAUCUUUCAGCGUGCCGAGUCUUCAACGCGCGGAGUGUCCGCAUGCACUACUCUCCCCGCCGGAUCCAGUGGGAUGAGGGGGAGGCCCAUGCGCAGGAAGCGCACCAACUAGGUCGUCCAGGCCUUCAUGAAGAGGAAGAGGACCUCGAGGGGGCGGGGCACUCGUAUCCAUCCUUCCCCUCCUCCCUCUUCGAGUCGACGGCCUUCUACAACCUGGGCCGCAUCCUGUCCAUGGAGCAGGAAGGACGGCGGGAGACGGACAGGGCCUUGGGAGGGCUCUCAGGCUCGCAGCAUGGAGGAAUGCUGACCGGGCUCAGGAUCGUGCCGUCGGAGCCGCGCCGAGUGGGGGAGGAAGUGGUGGAGGAGAGGGACGGGUCCUAUAUCAUGUGCAGUCUGCGGCCUCCGGCUCCCGACUCGCCGAUUUCGGCCAAC